AAACCCCCCACGGCAGCGCAGCAACCCAUUCCACAGCCACGCGAGCACGCGACGCACGGCCGACCUCAGGCAGCGCUUCUGCUUGGCGGCCGGGGGCAGCCGCCGCUUCUUCGCCUUCGCGAGGGUUUUAGCGACGAAGAGAAAGGGGAGGAGGCGAGCGCCGAGGGAGGUAUAGCCGUACAGGGGGAGAGGGUGGGAGAUGGCUGCCAUGGUUGGAGCGCGCAGGGCGCUCUUAGCCGCCCGGUUCUCCCCUCGCGGCGCCAUAGCGGCGUCGGCCAAGCCUGCGCCCCUCUACCGGCGCGUGGAUUCGCCGCCCAGACUUCCAGCUGAAAGUGUUUGUCUCCAGUCUUGGGUUCCACAUCGAGCGGCUGGCAGCUUUGCAUCUGAAAGGACUGAUGAAGACUAUCAGCGUGAGUGGGGACAAAACAAAGCAGGUAGCUAUGCUGACUCCCGUUCAAACGGCUCUAGCCUCCAUAUUCAGAGAGAUGUCCCUUCAGCUGGUUCCACAACAGGUAUUCACACAAAUAGGGCUGUGGAUGGUGGUGGCAGUUCUGAGCAACAUUACAGAAGUGGUGGAUCAUAUGGCUUCCGAAACAGUCAUCAGCCGUAUACUGGUGCAAGAGCGAAUAAUGAGACAUCUGGAUAUAAUGCAUCACAACCUUACAGAGGUGGUGGUGCAUACAGCCAGCAAGGCCUUGAUGGGUACUUUCCAAAUGAUCGCCAACAGUAUAAUGGCACAGAAGCUAAUAGUACAUAUAGCUCUGGAUACAACACCCAAAGUAACCAGAAGGUUUAUGAAAGAGAGGGAGUUAAUUAUGGGCAGUACGGAUAUGGUCCUUCAGGACAAGCAUGUCCAAACCCGAUUGGAAAUAACCAUCACAUUCAGAAACAGCAAUAUGUUGAUCAUAGAUCUGGGGAAAGUUAUCCGGAUAGAUCGCGGAAUCAUCCCUCUCAGUAUGUAAAUCCAACUCAUUUCCAUAAGGAGCAUGUUGCAGGGUUUCAGCAAGGCAACAAUAGUAAUUUUGGAUAUAAUGCUUCGCAGUCGUAUCAAAGCCCUCAUUUCAAUAGGCAAGCUGAUAUGCAUAGUACUCCUCAAGGAUAUUCCAUGUACCUAAAUACAGAUGUGCAACGCCCCUCUCAUGGAGUUCAUCAAGAAAAACAUUCACAUGCGCAAUCUGCUGGAUCAUUUGGGAACCACUUAAACAAUGCACCUCAUGAAGAUGGCAAAUAUCACCAGUCACUGCAGGGCAACUUUUCAAAUGUUGGAUUGCCUUAUGAAGUACCUAAAGCCGUCGGCAAACACAAAGGUACUGUUGAAGAACUGGAGAAGUUUUGUGAAGAUGGCAAUGUAAAAGAAGCUUUGGAAGUUCUGGCUAUGCUAAAGGAAAACAGAAUUGUGCUACAUCCUCCUCAGUACUUCAGAUUGAUGCAAGCAUGUGGUGAUGCAGCUGCACUCUCAGAAGCAAGAUUAAUACAUAGUCAAAUAUCUGAAUCAUCAACUGUUGUUGACACAGAUUUUCAAAACGAAAUUCUAAAGAUGUAUGCUAAGUGUGGUUCAAUGGAAGAUGCAAAGAAGCUUUUCAGUUCUAUGGAUCAUCAUAAUUUGACUUCUUGGAGCACUAUGAUCUCAGGUUUUGUGCAUAAUACUCUUGGUGAAGAAGCAAUAGAUUUUUUCGAUCGGUUUAAGCAGACAGGGGAUAAGCCAGAUCUUGGUAUGUUCAGACAUGUUUUCCUGGCCUGUGGAAUUUUGGGAUCUGUUAAUGAAGGAAUGUUGCAUUUUGAAUCCAUGCAGAAAGAUUUUGGCAUACAUCCCACUAUGGAACAUUAUGCAAGCAUUAUUAGUAUGCUUGGACAGUCUGGCUACAUUGCCGAAGCCUAUGAAUUUGUGGAACAGAUGCCUGUGGAACCAAGCAUUGAGGUAUGGGAAAAUUUGAUGAACAUGUGUCGACUUAAUGGCUUUUUAGAGCUUGGAGAUCGUUGCGCUCAAAUCAUAGAGCGCUUGGAUUCUUCUAGGCUGAAUGAACAGUCUAAAAUGGGUCUUUUCCCUGUCGAUGCUUCAGACCUUGCAAAGGAAAAGGAAAGAAAAAAGGCAAGUGUUGCUGAAGCUCGGAGCAAGGUCCAUGAAUACAGAGCUGGAGACCGAUCCCACCCUGACACUCCUAAGAUCUAUGAAGAGCUGAGGUACUUGUUGGCUCACAUGAAGGAAGCUGGGUAUAUUGCUGACACUCGAUUUGUUCUUCACGAUGUUGAUCAAGAAACCAAAGAGGAUGCUUUACUGGCUCACAGUGAGAGGCUGGCUAUCAGUUAUGGUCUUAUAACAAGUGCUCCCCGCUCACCUAUUCGAGUUAUAAAGAAUCUCCGGUCCUGUGGAGACUGUCACACGGCUUUCAAGAUAAUCUCGAAACUUGUCGGCCGUCAGAUCAUUGCAAGGGAUGCAAAGAGGUUCCACCACUUUGAAAAUGGUGUGUGCUCUUGCAAAGACUACUGGUAAACAAGAUGAUAGAAGCCCACAUCUUGGUCAAUUUUGAUCUGCCCAAGACCGCUAUAGGUUGUUUAUAUGCUGAAGGUAGGCUGAUGCCUAUCUAACAUUUAGGUAGCUGAUAGUUUCAUGUCAGGGACAUGAUGUAUGAUGUCGUCAGGGACAAGCAGGCCCUAAGCCCCUCUAUUUUGCAGUUCAUAUGAUAUAAGCCUGAGUUUUUGCUUUAACGACUGUUGUCUCCGAUUUGUUACUUGCCACCAAAAUAAAACAGUAGAAUGUUAUUGGGUUGUGGUCCCCUGGCAUGUAAACUUUGAUUCAGCUUGACUACAAAGCUUUCUGACAGCAUUCUGUAUCCAUUGCUUAUAGCUAGCAGAAUCUUGUCCUUGUACCUGUUUGGCUUCAGCUCGGGAUUGGGCUUCCUUCGGCUCUGGACACUGGAGUUGAGUUUCUAAAGAAAUCUGCUACUAGUUUAA